AUGUUUAGUGGUCUUUGUACAAAAAGUUUAGGCUCCUUGGGGAAAAUUAAUGUCAAUUCUCUGCUGGGACUUCAAACCGUUUCCAAAAGAUUUAAGCACGAAUAUGCUCCUCGAUUCAAAGAACAACAUAAGAAGCAAAAGGGCCGCGUACCUGUACGCACAGGUGGAUCGACUAAAGGUUCUACUUUAAAGUUCGGUACUUAUGGAUUGCGUCUAAAGAGUGAAGGUGUGAGAUUGACUGCACAACAGUUGAAAGAAGCAGAUAAUGCGCUAAUGCGUUAUGUGAGACCUUUGACCAACGGUCAGCUUUUUAGAAGACUUUGCACCAAUAUUGCAGUGUGCAUUAAAGGUAAUGAAACCAGAAUGGGUAAAGGUAAAGGUGCAUUCGACCAUUGGAUGGUACGUGUCCCCACCGGUAAAAUUAUCUUUGAAAUGAAAGGUGAUGAUUUACAUGAAAGAGUUGCUAGGGAAGCCUUCAGGAAAGCUGGUAGCAAACUACCUGGUAUUUAUGAAUUUGUCGCACCUCAAAGUCCUGUUAGAGUUGGUUUACACAGAUUUGUUGCAGGUGAAUCGGAAGAAACGCCCAAUUAUUGGCAAGAGUUGAAUAAAAAACCUACUAAGGAACAUUUGGCAGUGGUUAAAUCGAAGGAACCCCAGUACAGAUUGUUCAGAGGUCGUUAA